GGGCGGGGGUGCCGCUGGGCGGGGAGGCGCCAUCUUGUUCCUGUGUGAGGCGGCGGGGCCGGGCCGGGCCCGCGCUGAGGGAGCGCCCGGGGCAGCGCCCGCCGCCACCGCGGGGCCCGGCAUGGACACCCACUACUACGGCGGGGAGCAGUCAGAUGAUGGAGGAGCUACUCCAGUGCAAGACGAACGAGACUCAGGAUCUGAUGUGGAAGAUGAAGGAAACGAACAACAUUCUGGAUCGGAGAAUGGAAGUGUAGGGCACCAUUCAGAGAAUGAACACAGUGAUGGAGAAGAUGAUGGGCAAGUGGGAGAGCCUCAUAUGACAGACUCUGAAAAUGAAGAUAACCCAAGGCAAAAAGAAAGUGACUCAGAUAAUGAGGAGCCCCCAAAUCACAACGUGAGUGAUUCAGAAAAUGAAGCAACUCAUGGAGAGAAAGACAGUGACUCUGAUACUGAGGACCGUCCAAACCGGCAUUUAAGUGACUCUGAAAAUGAAGAGGCCUUAAAUCAUCGAGUGAGUGACUCUGACAAUGGAGAACCUCCAAGGGAUCACAGCAGUGAUUUUGAAAAUGAGGAAUCACACAAGCAGCCAGCCAGUGACUCUGAGAGCGAGGAGCUCCAGAAGCAGCCAGCCAGCGACUCCGAGAGUGAAGAGCUCCAGAAGCAGCCAGCCAGCGACUCUGAGAGUGAAGAGCCUCAGAAGCAGCCAGCCAGCGACUCUGAGAGCGAGGAUGUGUCCAGACACAAGCAGAUAGAGUCUGAAGAUAGCGAUGGGGAGGACAGGAAGGAAAAGGUGCAGAAUGACUCUCAUCAUUCAGAUAAUGAACAUGUAAGGAAAGGAUUUCAGGGCUCUGACAGUGAAGACGAAGCUCCUAAGAGACGUAAAAUAUCAGACAGUGAUGAAGAUGAAAAAGAGGAAGAAAAGACAGUGAAGAGGAAAACAGCCAUCCUUUCUGAUAGUGAGGAUGACAGUGAGAAAACACCUGCAAAGAAGGUACGAAUCCUUUCUGAUGCUGAAGAAUCGGAUAGUGACGCUGCUUCAGAGAAAUCGGACAAAAGGAAAAAAAAUGUUGUAUCCGAUAGUGAGGAGGAGGAAGAAGAAGGAAAAGAGAAUGCUGGGAAGAAAAAAGGGAAAGAUCUGUUUGGCAGUGACAGUGAAUCUGGAAAUGAACAAGAGAACCUGAUUGCCGAUAUAUUUGGAGAAUCUGGUGAUGAGGAAGAGGAGGAAUUUACGGGUUUUAACCAGGAGGAUUUGGAGGAAGAGAAAGGUGAUGGAGACAUGAAGGAGACAGCAGAUGAAUCAGACUCUGAUGAUAACAUCAAAAGAGGGAAGCACAUGGACUUCAUGUCAGAUUUUGACAUGAUGCUGCAGAGGAAGAAGAGCAUGAGCGGCAAGCGCAGGCGGAACCGUGAUGGGGGAACUUUCAUCAGUGACGCAGAUGAUGUGGUCAGUGCCAUGAUUGUGAAGAUGAACGAAGCUGCUGAGGAGGAUCGUCAGCUGAAUACACAAAAGAAACCAGCACUAAAGAAAUUAACUUUGCUACCAACUGUAGUUAUGCAUCUUAAAAAGCAGGAUCUCAAAGAAACUUUCAUCGAUAGUGGUGUUAUGUCUGCCAUCAAAGAGUGGCUUUCUCCUCUUCCAGACCGAAGUCUGCCAGCACUAAAGAUAAGAGAGGAGCUUCUGAAGAUCCUGCAAGAGCUGCCCAGUGUGAGCCAAGAGACCCUGAAGCACAGCGGCAUUGGACGGGCUGUGAUGUACCUGUACAAACACCCCAAGGAGUCGAGACCAAACAAGGACAUGGCUGGCAAGCUGAUCAAUGAAUGGUCUCGACCCAUCUUCGGUCUUACCUCAAACUACAAAGGCAUGACCAGAGAAGAGAGGGAGCAGAGAGAUUUGGAACAGAUGCCUCAUCGAAGGAAAAUGAGCAGCUCUGGUGGUCAGACUCCCCGUAGGGAUCUGGAGAAAGUAUUAACAGGAGAAGAAAAGGCUCUCAGGCCCGGGGACCCUGGGUUCUGUGCCCGUGCGAGGGUCCCAAUGCCCUCCAACAAAGACUACGUCGUCAGGCCCAAGUGGAACGUGGAGAUGGAGUCCUCCAGGUUCCAGGGGACCUCUAAGAAAGGGGUGAGUCGACUGGACAAACAGAUGCGGAAAUUCACAGAUAUCAGGAAAAAAAGCAGAUCGGCCCAUGCAGUGAAAAUCAGCAUUGAGGGCAAUAAGAUGCCAUUGUGACCCUUCACAGAAUGCCCCAUGAGCUCUGCUGUAAGACAAUACACCCACAGACUCUUUGGAGACCUUUAAAUUUUUUAACUUGUUUGGGGUGGGUUUGGUUUUUUAGUUUGUUUUUUAAGUGAAUCCUUAAAUUGCUGGUUCAGGUUCUGGUAGAAGAUGUUGUCUGAGGACUGUGAAUAUGGGGACUCCUUUCUCCUGAUUGUAUUUAAACUGGCCCUGUUGUGUCCUUUGUACAGAUCAUGUAUUUGUUGUAUUGCAACACUUUAAAAAAUAAAACAUCUUCUGGGUUUUU